AUGUACGAUCUCAUGGCAAAACCUCAGUCUCACAAUGUGACCCUUGCCCACCCCUGGAUGGCAGCUUUUGACUCUGGAGACCCCAGCACCACUAAGAGCCUGUCCAAAGAGAAGAUGAAGAGGUUCCUAGCGAGGCAGAAGUGGAAGAAAGCAGGGAAGGCCUUGCUAGCCCUUAAGAGAAUGGCCAUGCUGUCUAAAGGAGACAACCCUGUAUCCCCUACCAGCCCUGGAGAGGACUCCCCUCUGAUGCCGGAGGCAGAGCACGCCCUUCAGUCUCUGGAGCUGAAGAUGCAGGGGCCUCCGCAGUUCUCCCAGAGUUUGGAGGACCAGACAGUGGCCCAGGGAUCCAGCGCCUGCCUCUCCUGUCACCUCACAGGAUACCCUGAUCCAGAGGUGGUGUGGCUGUGCGGGGAGGAGCCUGUGGUUGAGUCCUCCGGAGUGCAGAUAGAGUAUGACGAAGACGGCCAUUGUACGCUCGUCUUGGCCAGCAUUGGCCCAAGGGACACCAACACCUACACCUGCAGAGCCACCAAUGACCAUGGGGAGGCUUCCUGCUCUGCCAAACUAAUUGUUAAACAGUAGUUUGGUCGUUUUUGU